AAACACACACCAAGUGCAACAGUACAAAAGAACAAAAAGGGUGAAAAUCGCAGCCCCAACCCAAUACCGCAAUAGAUACAUGUAAUCAAAAUCCCUGAUCGGUGAAAAUCACAGCACGGAGAUUCAAUGGAGGAAGUAACCGGUGGCGGCGGUGGCGGAGGAAUUCAAUGGUUGUGGGGUGUAGCUAGUGCAGCUCAAAUGGGAUUGGGUGUACGUUCCUACCGUAAGGGUCACGCAGGGGAUUCUUGUCUCAUGCCUUUGAAGGCUUUCACUGUUGCUUCUCUUUUUAUUGGCAGUGCUGCUUCUGCUUCUGUUUUCAUUCUUCAUGCUAAUGGCAUUCAUGGGGUGGAUGAUCUCAUUGAAGCUGGUGCCAAUUUAAGAGCUAAACUUGGGUUACGUCCACGCACACCGAAUAAGAAAAUGGAUGAAUCAUAACCAAAUGCUCAUUCACAUCUUGUGAUAUUACUUGGAGCUGUGGUUCCUUGUUGGAGAAGCAGUCAUAACAUUUUGUGGCGUGGUUCCUUGAAAGGUUAAAGGUUUGAUGUGCAUUUCAACAAUAAUAUGCUUAUUAGAGAUACUAGAUCCAAUUGAAUUUUGUUGAUGCAACUUGUAAUAUUUUGUUUAUGCAACUUGUACUACAUCGUCAUCGAUAAUUUCUAUUUCAUUGAUCUUAGUCAGCCGGCACUUCUAGGCUCGCUUAGUGGCAGCGUCAUACAUGCAUAUGUCAUGUGCUAUGAUGCUAGUUGUUAAGAUAUAGAGUAGAAUCAAGUUUCAUAUAGGAUUUAUGAAAAUACAAAUAUAGUUUUGUACUGUUGAUUUGCAAUGUAUCACGAUCCAUGACAAAGUUGCAUAAAAAUAUGUUCGGUAAGUACAUCCACUUAGAAUGACUUUCAUUAUGUCAUUGGUAAUUCAGAAUGACAUGUUCAUUA